AAACCACUAGAUUAAGUGAUUAACAGAUACGCCUACGCGCUUCGCAUGUGGCUCUCCCUCACUCUCUUCUCCGUUCCCUUUCUUUCUAGUUCUCCUACUCUGGAAAUGCAGUGCGGUUCAAGAAUUUCUCUCUCAAAAUUGCUUUGGAGACACCCAUUUCCGUCUUCUCCAACACCCAUAUCUCCAAUUUCCCUCACAUCGCCUACUCAGGCUCAAACUCGACUCGCUUUCAACUCUGUCUUUUUCUCCUCAGAACCCUUCCUUUUUCACUCACAAGCCCAAUUCUUAGGGUACCAGAACCCGAGAAGAUACACUAGUGCUACUGAGUCUGGGGCUUAUGCGGACGUCAACAAACAGGUUGAUGGGAAGGAGAUAGAGAAGCCAGAUGUAUCCAAAGAGACUUUCUGCUUCGAUGAAGAACUGCAGUGUCCUAAGGCUGCCGUGAAGGAAGUUCUGGAGAAGUAUGAGGGGCUGAUGGCGAAGUUAUCAGAGCCCGAAAAGGCAGCCCUGCAUCGCUCUAUGGGACAAAAGAUUGAGCAGUUUAAGGCUGAGCUCAAACAGAUGGAAAUGGAAGAUGAAUGAGGUUGGUGCAAAUAGGUUUUGCUCAAAACUUUUCAAUGCUUCAUUGUUUAUGUUAUCUUAUGAUCUUUGUCAGGGUUCAUCUAGUUUUACUUGUAACUGUUGUGAAUUUUUUGGAAUAAUGGAUUAGUGUAGUAUUGCCAAUUCAUGCCUUUCUGAUUCAGUUUGAGGAAAUUGCCACGCGCAUUUGCAUUGUCCAGAUGGAUUAUACAAAUAUGAUGAGUAGUGACAUACAUGGUAAGUGCAUGGUGUUAAUGACUUAAUGGUGGAUGGUGCUUAUUAGCGUACGCAGUUUGUAGUUGGUUUUUGCUUGUUAUGGGCUUUUCUAAUUCCCGAGGGGAAGGAGACAAAUAGAAAAGAUUCAAUUGGCAGUUUCAUCUGCUGCCAAGUUUUAGCCAAGAGAUUGAAACGUUUUUGUGUUGCCCAAAAAGAUUGCCUUUGAUCACCAUGUCUCAUUCUUUGUGUGAGGACGUGUCCACUUUUAAU